AUGAAAGGCGGAAAAAAGGCAGAGGGGAGAGGGUCACCCAAUAAGGAAAAGACCUACAACGGUCCAAGUUAUAUCAAGUUAUAUGACUCAUGUUCUGAAUAUAGCAUGGAUGAUAAUGAUGAGGGUCCCACAUUUGCUCACCUUAAAAAUAUAAAAAUUUGCAAUGAAGAGAAGAAGAAAAUGCUCAGUAAGAUAUGCUGCACGAAGAAUUACCUUUUCGUGGGUACUUCUAGUGUGUUCAGCCAAGUGCGCGUCUUUAAUUACAACAAUUUGAUCGACUCCAAAAAGGAGAGCGAAGAUUUGAGUAGUAUCCCCAUAGCAGGGGACAAUAAGCAAACAAGUGAACGACAAAGUAAAAAUAAUAAAAAGGAAGAACCCCAUGGACAGAAUAAAGACGGUGAAGCCUUCAUCAACUUAUGUGAUAUUUACAGGAAGAGCAAAUUUUAUACGACCAAACGGGACUACAGCAAGGACAACAUGCUAAGCAUAGACCUUUUUCAGAAUAAAAUUAAUAGAAAAAACGUGAAUAGAAGCAACAGUGUGCAUAAAAAUGUUUAUCAAGUACAUUCCACGAAUGAAGCGAAUUCGAAGGAAAUUGCACCAAAGGGAGAAGGAAACAAGAGCAAUCAUAUGUUAAAGGAGGAGAAGAUCAAAAAUAAUCCUACUCAAAUUGAUUUAAAGGACAAACUAAUGAAUUUUAACCAAAAGGGCUACCUAGAAUUAAGCGACAACGAAACAACCUUUCCGGAGGAAUAUUUAUACUAUGAUAAUUUUGCGGGCAUUCCCCCCCCAAAAAAAGACACACACCCCAUUAGACUUACAAACGAAAUGAGAGAAGAGGAAAGAAACAAAAGAGAAAAAGAAGAAGAAAUGGAAAAGAAAAAAAAAAUCGAUGAAGAAAAUUUGAGAAAUGAACAGUUAGCAAAAAAUGGUUGUUACUUGAAUAAGGACAUGUUAGAAAUAAACGUAGAUGUAAUUAAGAGAAAAACAACACAAGUGAAUAAUUUGCUAGAGUACAUUGGAGCUUUCGUUAAUGUAUCUUCCCCAAUUAUACUAAUGAAAACAAAUCAUGGGGAAAAUAUUUUAUCCCUUUUGACCUUCGGGGGGGAUGUAUACAGCUACGACAUUAGUGAACAAUCACUAACACAGCUGAGGGAAAAAAGAAUUAAAAAAAUCGAAUUCUUUAGUAAUAUAGAAAAUUAUUUUAUUGAGCAAGAAAAGAAUAAUACAUCAAGUGAAUUCUUGGAGGAAGAUUUUUCAGAGGAAGUAACUGCAUCGGCAUUGUCUUUAUCCAAAUCACAUUUCACCAAUUCGGUAAAAUAUUUUGAUUUUCUUCCAGAUGAUAAAACGCUAAUUUGUGUGGGACAAAACAAGGACUAUUUCCUUUCAUUUAUUAAUUGCCAUAAUGGGAAGAAAAUUAUAUAUAAUAAGAAAAUAAAAAUUAACAAGCCUAGCCACAACGUUGUAAUGAACUCCAAUAAAAUGAAUAAAGACAAAAUGCUACCUACUCUUAUGCACGAUUUUAGCUAUGUAUAUGUGGAUAGGGAGAAAAAAAAUUUUAAUGGCGAAAUUGGAAAUUUUGUUUACAUUGGAUCGUCUUGUGGUUAUUUAGUUUUCAUUUUUCUUGUCGACAAAUUUCUGCGGUUUGUUAAUAAUUUACUGACUAAUGACCAGGUGAGGAGUGGCUCCCUGUUCACCUACGACGAGGAGGUCGAUGAAAAAGAGUGGUCUAACGUCGUCACCCAGAGCGUCUUAGGCAACGUGGACGAUGUGUAUACAGUAAGGAAGGACGAGUUGUAUGCGCUCUUCGGGGAUGAGCAUAACGUUAUUAACGAUAUGAAGAUGCAUGGGAAUGGCAACGGAAGCGCAUAUGUGGAUAACAAUCUGCGUGGCGACGUCGGUGGAAACCUUAGCAGCACUGCGCAUCGACCCAGUGACCAAGGGGCACCCCUCGACAACCCCAAGGAAAACAUUUUCAAAGAACAAGAUCACAACUCCUUUUCCUACGCAUUUUGCAUUGCCAAGAAUGUAACAAUAAACUCCAUUAUAAGCCUCAAUACACAUAAAAAUGAGCAAAUUCAUUUGAUUGUAGGGCUUAACGACGGACGGUUGCUGGACUUCCUUUUGCGUAUAUCCCCGCACUUUACUCCCACCGCUUCCUCCAUCACGAGCUGUGAGCACUAUCCCCCUUUGAGUCAAAAUUGUUCGGAAAAAAAAUCCAGUCAGAAUACGUCCCAAGGAAAUGGAAACACGGAGUGUGCGGUGGAUAAUCCUUCUUCCCGUAUGGAUAAUAUUAAUUUCAUACAAGAAUGCGAAAAAGAAUUGUAUGACUUCACAGGGUUACACAAGUCGAGCAGAAUAAGUAAAAUCAAUUUGUAUCAAAGUGGCUCGCAACAUUUUCUUGUUUUUAUAAAUUCAAAUGUGAAAAGAAUUCGCGAAAUGUCCGAUAAAAAAUUUUACACAACAUACGUGUUAAAUACGUAUAGUAAAAAAAUUAGCAUCCUGCAUGAACAUCUCGCGUACAUUAUUGAUUCCUGUGUAUGCUCUCAUUUUUAUUUUUGCCUAGAUGACAAUAACACAAUCGCCGUUUUUGAUUGGACUCGCCAGAGAAAAGUUAACAGGAACGUCCUACAGACCUUCAAAGAGCUAUACAGAACUGGAAAAAGGCUGAACAUACAUAAAACUACCUUUCUGUGCCAAACAUAUGAAAAAAAUUGCUGGAGAAAAACAAGACUUAGGGAAGAAAAGGUUUAUCAUAAAAAGUAUAAUUUUUUAAAAUAUGCAUAUGAUGUUGUCAACUAUGGAAUUGAAAAUAAUUUAAAAUUGCAAAUUGAAGAAAAAAACAUUGUACAGGAGGAAGACUCAUAUAUAGAAGAACAGAGCAAAGAGCAUGAAUGUGAAAAGAGCAUAAAGGAGGAAGUAGCCACAGUUGAUAUGGAAAUAAAGAAUAUUUUAAAAUUACUGGAAGAUGUAAAUAGGAAAUGUAAUCAGAAUACAAAAAAUGCCACACAUAUAUAUUACCAUUUUAUGAACAGAAAUGUUCCACUCAAAAAAAGUGAGUUUAUAAAAAAAUAUCAUAAGGUAUACAAUGCAUCAGAUUUAACAAUACUUUAUUAUUAUAUAAAAAAAUUUAAAUUACUUACAAAUAAAAAGAAGCAUUUAACGAAUAAGUUGCACGUUUUAAAAUUGAGGAAAAAUACCUUUGACACUGUGAACUACUCCUUUUCAGCGGACAAACUCGAGGAGAUGUUCUACGAGCACGCGAGAAAAAUCAAUGUGUUGUGA